AUGAGCACUAAUGGGCUUAAAAGACCAGGGGAAGCUGAGUCGCGCGAUUCAGAAGUUUUGGAGAAACGUCUCAAGCCACAAUCCUUUGAUCACAGCGCAUUAAGUGAGCCUGUUUCGGGCAUCGAGAUUAUUCCAACAGACAAGUUCAACAAGCAACAAACGCAAGGUUUCAUUCCAAAAGGUGUAGUCAAUGGAUCCCAAUCCGUAAAUCCAUCUGCAUUCGAGCAGGAGCUUUUGCAUAUGGACCACGAUGCUGUAGUGGCUCAAGAACACGGUCAUGAAACAGCGUGGGCUCGUAAACCUUUGCCAAAAGAUUUUUCGUCUCAAACGCACGCUAUUUCGUUCCAGCAACUUGAUGCCGAACAGUGUCUUUUGCCCGGUGUCAAAGUCAACAAUACGUCCCACGCAGUUCGGUUUUUCGGAGUUACUGACGAAGGCCACUCGGUGCUUUGCAGUGUUACCGGAUUCAGACAUUACCUUUACGUUCCAGCACCUGCUGGGUUUACAGAAAGAGAUAUCGACGCUUUUCAAAAUUAUCUGAACAGCUCCUACGAUUACGUUGUGGAUGAAAUAGAGAUUACGAUGCGUCAGUCCAUUUGGGGUUACUCGGGAACAGCUAAGCUGCCGUUUCUAAAAAUUUACGCAACAAACCCUGCCGGUAUAAAUAAGAUAAGAACCGGGUUUGAGCGUGGUCAUAUUUCAUACAAUGAUACUUGGUUUUCAGGCGGUGCAUCAACGUACGACAACAUUGCAUUUCCAUUAAGGGUCAUGAUAGAUUGCGGCAUCACAGGAAUGUCUUGGAUAACUCUGCCGGAAAAGAAAUACAAUCUGGUUGCAGAGCGGGAAAAAGUUAGUACAUGCCAACUGGAAGUGAUGGUAAAUUAUAAAGAUCUGAUUGCUCGGCCUGCUGAUGGCGAAUGGUCGCUCUCUGCUCCGCUCAGAAUUCUUUCCUUUGAUAUUGAGUGUUCCGGAAGAGUGGGGGUAUUUCCAGAAGCUGAAAUCGAUCCUGUUAUCCAAAUUGCGAAUGUUGUGAGUAUUGCUGGGGCAUCCAAAUCAUUUGUUCGAAAUGUAUUCACUGUCAAUACCUGUUCACCCAUUACAGGAUCUCAAAUUUUCGAUCAUACCACUGAGAAUGAAAUGCUCAAACAGUGGCGUAAGUUUGUGGUAGAAGUUGACCCAGAUGUCAUUGUUGGUUACAACACCACAAAUUUCGAUCUACCUUAUCUGCUGGGCCGUGGCCGGGCGCUCAAGAUUGAAGAAUUUCCUUAUUUUGGAAGGUUGAAAACUGUCAAACAAGAAGUGAAAGAGGCAGUGUUCUCGUCAAAAGCAUACGGCACUCGCGAGUCGAAAAUCAUCAAUAUAGAUGGUCGGCUGCAACUCGAUUUGCUGCAAUUCGUCCAGCGUGAAUACAAGCUGAGAUCCUACACUUUGAACGCAGUCUCUGCUCAUUUUCUUGGCGAACAAAAAGAGGAUGUUCACCACAGUAUUAUCAGUACGCUCCAAAAUGGGGAUUCAGAGACGAGGCGACGUUUAGCAGUUUACUGCUUGAAGGAUGCGUUUUUACCACUUCGACUUCUAGAGAAACUAAUGGCUUUGGUUAAUUACACCGAGAUGGCUCGUGUUACAGGUGUACCGUUCUCAUACUUGCUGGCGCGUGGCCAGCAAAUUAAAGUUGUGUCCCAGUUGUUUCGGAAGUGUUUGCAAAUCGACACGGUUAUCCCAAAUAUGCAGUCGCAGGGCUCCGAUGAACAAUAUGAGGGUGCUACGGUCAUCGAGCCAAUCAGAGGAUAUUACGAUGUACCAGUUGCUACGUUAGAUUUCAACUCUCUUUAUCCCAGUAUCAUGAUGGCUCACAAUCUUUGCUACACAACGCUGUGCGACAAAGCUACGGUUGAAAAGUUGAACUUGGUGAAAGACGAAGACUUUAUUGUAACUCCCAAUAAUGAUUAUUUCGUAACUGCUAAACUGCGCCGAGGAAUCCUACCAGAAAUUUUGCAUGAGCUGAUUACUGCACGUAAAAGAGCUAAGAAAGAUUUAGGCGCCGAGAAAGAUCCAUUCAAACGUGACGUUUUGAAUGGUAGACAACUGGCACUUAAGAUCUCUGCCAAUUCGGUAUACGGGUUUACUGGUGCUACAGUUGGAAAGCUGCCGUGCCUUGCUAUUUCUUCUUCCGUAACGUCAUUUGGAAGAACCAUGAUCGAGAGGACAAAGCAAGCGGUGGAGGAAAAGUACUGCAUAAAAAACGGGUACGAACAUGACGCGGUUGUAGUGUAUGGUGAUACAGAUUCUGUCAUGGUCAAAUUCGGUACAAGCGAUUUGAAAACUGCAAUGGAUCUCGGUGCCGAGGCAGCCGAAUACGUAUCAGCCCUAUUCAAGAAUCCCAUAAACUUGGAAUUUGAGAAGGCCUACUUUCCAUACCUGCUCAUCAACAAGAAACGGUACGCGGGCCUAUAUUGGACCAAACCAGAGAAAUAUGAUAAGCUGGACCAGAAAGGUCUGGCCUCAGUCCGUCGUGACUCCUGUCCAUUGGUUUCCAUAGUCAUGAACAAGGUUUUGAAGAAGAUUCUCAUUGACCGUAACGUUGACGACGCGUUGAAUUUCGUCAAAGAGACUAUCGGUGAUAUUCUUCACAACAGAGCAGAUAUUUCGAAGUUGAUCAUUUCAAAAACGUUGGCGCCCAAUUACACCAAUCCACAACCCCACGCAGUGCUCACCGAGCGCAUGAUAAAAAGAGAUGGUGUUGGACCAAACGUUGGUGACCGUGUCGACUACGUGGUCAUUGGAGGAAACGAUAAACUUUACAACAGAGCGGAGGAUCCGCUAUAUGUGCUGGAGCACAACAUUCAAAUCGAUUCCAAGUACUAUCUGACAAAUCAGCUACAAAACCCAAUCAUUAGCAUUAUCGCACCGAUCAUCGGUGAAAAACACGCCAAUUCUAUGUUUGUCGUGAAAUCUAUCAAAAUCAGUGCCGGCAGCACCAAACAAGGUUUGAUGGGAUUUGUCAAGAAAGUCCAAACUUGCAAAGGCUGUAAGCGGCCACUGAAGAAAGAUGAAGGUCCUCUGUGUCACAAUUGCGUCGGCAGAUCAGGUGAGUUCUAUGUGCGGGCUCUCUUUGACGUGAGAGAGCUUCAGCAAAAGUUCGCACGACUGUGGACGCAAUGCCAGCGGUGUUCUGGUAGUUUGCACAAUGAAGUUUUAUGCUCAAACAAGAACUGCGACAUAUUUUACAUGAGGGUCAAAGCAAAGAAAGAAGUACAAGAAAAGGUCGUUGAAUUAAGUAAGUGGUAG